ACGGGGAUUUAUUCCCUAUCCCUGUGCAAAAAAGUCUCGGCCCACUGCGUACUUGCCACCGAGCUACCGUGAUUUACCUCCCUCGUGAUGACCCUGGGCAGGGUGCGGCGGGGGCCCUGAGGGCGAGGGUUUCGCCUUUUGCCACUCACACUCUAACUUUAGCCCCCACGGAUUCAACUGAGAUGGUAAUUGGAUGAUGAUUUAUCACUUGAGAUUGGUGGGUUGAAUCGCGAGGUUGGCAGGGUGUAAUUCCUUAUACUUCCUAUAACUCAUCCUCCAUUCACUUAUAUCUUUCUUGUUAAUCCUGGAACGAAUUGACGGGCGCAGAAGACGAGCUAGCUUUUGGAAAGCUGCCUUCAGAAAAAUGUGGAACCGCCACAUCAGCGGCCCCCCUAGAGCCGGUCCCACGGAUAUGGAGGGAGGUAAAUGCAGGUACACAGGUGGAAAGUGUAUAGCGGAGACGUUAACCCCAGGCAGUGACACCCCGGGAAUCGACCCUUGGACCUUUCAGUCACAGAACCAUGCACUCCCCAUCUGUGCUACGCCCUGGAAAGCUGCCUUCAGGCUUCUGCUUUAGGUGUUUGAGACUGGUUCACUCACCUCACCUAAGGGAAGACCAUCUCUGUGUAACUGCUGUCCAUAACUCUAUUUAUUUGCUCAACUCUUUUCUCUUUCUCCGCCCGCUGUCUCAGUCCUUUUCUAUUAUUCCCUCACCACUAGUCCACUACAACUGUUUUUUAAUAUCUCGCCCAUUUCCGAAUUUCUAACACGCAUUGGAUUUGUAUCUAUUAUCCGAAUUCCAAAUAUAGAGCGCACAAAUGCUAAGCUCUUCCAACCCUGCCAAGUUUGCUGCCCUUCCUCCCAAGAACAGUACUACGAUAGCUUCUAUGGAUCAGAUCAAUGGAGGGAAGAGAAAGAGAAGGCCUGCGGGAACUCCAGAUCCGGACGCGGAGGUGGUGUCGCUGUCGCCGCGGACGCUGCUGGAGGCGGACCGGUACGUGUGCGAGAUCUGCGGGCAGGGGUUCCAGAGGGAGCAGAACCUGCAGAUGCACCGGCGGCGGCACAAGGUGCCGUGGAAGCUGGUGCGGCGCCAGCAGGGAGGCGAGGCGUCGGGGAGGAAUACCAAGCGGGUGUUCGUGUGCCCCGAGGCGAGCUGCCUGCACCACGACCCCCGGCACGCGCUCGGCGACCUCGUCGGCAUCAAGAAGCACUUCCGCCGGAAGCACAGCAACCACCGACAGUGGGCCUGCGACCGGUGCGGCAAGGCCUACGCCGUCCACUCCGACUACAAGGCCCACCUCAAGACCUGCGGCACCCGCGGCCACUCCUGCGACUGCGGCCGCGUCUUCUCCAGAGUAGAGAGUUUCAUAGAGCACCAAGAUUCGUGCGACGCCAACCGAGCAGGACGGCCGAGCAGCCAAUCGCCAGCACGGCCUCCACUCUCCCUCUCCAUCGCCGCCGCCUCCACCGCCGCCGCCGCCGUAGUGGCUCCAAACGAAGCAGCAGCAGCGCCGCCAUUUCUUCCGAUGUUCAUGCGGCCGCCGCCGCCGCAGCCAAUAAUUAUUCCGAACGACCACCGCGUGCGCCGCCACCACAACCUCGAGCUCCAGCUGCUCCCCGCCACCUCCUACAACAGCUUCCUCCGCCGAGAACUUCGCGUCUCCAUCCCGCCCGACGAAGAAGCGGCGACCUCCACGGAGCUGCAGCUAUCGAUCGGGCCUCCGGGAGUCACUAAUGCGGCGGCGGAAGCGAGAGACGACGAAGAAGCGGCGGAGAAGGAGUUCGCCGACGCGAAACGGAUCCGGCAGCAGGCGCGGGCGGAGCUGGAGAACGCCUACGUGUUGAGGGAGCGUGCGAAGAAGCGGAUCGCAUCGGUGCUUCUCCAAAUCACGUGCCAUUCUUGUAGGAAGCAGUCGCCGUCCAAACUAUCUCCGUCCACGAGCUCCAAUCACGACACUAAUUGAUUGAUUGACUGGAUGAACUGAAUUCGACAAUCUUCUUCCAUCUAUUAAUCAAGUGGAAUGGUAAGUGUCGACUGGUAAAGUUAUUGGUUUGUGUAUUUUUAUUACUUUAAUGGUGUUUUUCAAUUAUAUGAUCAUGGGCUCAAAAAUCAUUCUAUAUAUAGAUAUAAAAUUAUUAAUCAAUA